UUGUAUUACCUGCUUCAUUUUAAAAUUGAAUAAAAAUAAAUAUCAACAAAUAUCUGCUCUAUAUUUCAAUUCUCAAAGAAAGAACGAAUGUCUCAGCCUUCAGGGUUUUCAGUUCGAAAACAUAUUUCAACAUCAGAAGAAGAAAGUGCAGAAUGUAUUGAAAUAACAGCCACUAUACUCUCUAUUGUAUUUGUAAUUUUAACAUUUCCCGUGGCCAUAUUCUUUUGUAUUUUUAUUGUGGCUGAAUACCAAAGGGCUGUUGUUUUCCGUCUGGGAAGGUUAAGGAGAGGUGGAGCUAGGGGUCCUGGUGUAGUUUUUGUAUUGCCCUGCAUUGAUGAUGUAACAAUUGUUGAUUUACGUACAUCAACUUUUGAUGUUGAACCACAAGAAAUUCUAACUAAAGAUGCUGUUACAAUUAAAGUCGAUGCUGUAGUUUAUUUUAGACUUCAAGAUCCAUUAAGUGCAGUUAUUCAAGUUGUCGAUUAUAAAGAAUCCACUAUGUUAUUAGGUCAGACUACAUUGCGAAAUGUAGCAGGGACAAAAAUGUUAAACGAGCUACUAGCACAAAAGGAUGAUGUGUCGCAUAUGAUGCAAAAAAUUCUAGAUGAAGCAACAGAUCCUUGGGGAGUUAAAGUUGAAAGAGUUGAAAUAAAGGACGUACGUUUACCGAUAGCUUUACAAAGAGCCAUGGCAGCAGAGGCAGAAGCUAACCGAGAAGCUAGAGCAAAAAUUGUUGCCGCUGAAGGAGAGAAAAAUGCAGCAGAAGCUUUGAAAGAUGCAGCAGAAAUUAUAUCAGAAAGUCCUUCAGCUUUGCAAUUACGUUACUUGCAAACUUUAACCACAAUUUCAACUGAAAGAAAUUCUACCAUUAUUUUUCCCUUUCCAAUUGAAAUGUUAAGUGGAUUUUCAGGCCAAAAUAAAAAAUAAAAAUAAUUAUUCCACGAGAGAAAUUAGAAUU